UGUUGAGGGACAGGAGGGGAGAGCACAGUGAACCCCACCCCAGCCCCUCUCCCUGCCCUGGGCUUCAGCCAAGUUCUCUCUGGUAGCUUUCAGGAACCCCUGGAGGAAGAGGAGGAUGAAAAGGAGCCAAACCCCCCCUUGAUGGUGCCUGCCGCAGACAUACUAAACCACGUAGCCAAUCACAAUGCCAAUCUAGAAUACUCUCCAGUGAGUGGACCCCUCCCAGUGUGUUUGUAGAACUGUCUUCAGAUGGUGGCUACUCAGCCUAUUCCCAAAGGCCAUGAGAUUUUCAACACUUACGGGCAAAUGGCCAAUUGGCAGCUGAUUCACAUGUAUGGCUUUGCUGAGCCAUACCCUGACAACACAGAUGACACAGCUGACAUUCAGAUGGUGACAGUGCGAGAGGCAGCAUUACAGGGAGCAAAAGAUGAAACUGAAAGGCUCCAGCUGUGCGAACGCUGGGAUUACUUAUGCGAACUAGAGAUGGUAGGGGAGGAGGGAGCCUUUGUGAUUGGGCGGGAAGAGGUGCUGACUGAAGAGGAACUGACCACCACACUCAAGGUCCUGUGCAUGUCUGCUGAGGAGUUCAGAGUUUUAAAAGAACAAGAUGGAUGGGGAGAUAAGAGGGAAGAGGACAGCCUGGCGAUCACAAAUAUCCCCAGGCUCAAAGAAUCAUGGAGACAGCUUCUUCGGGACAGUGUUCUGUUGACCCUGCAAGCCUAUGCCACAGACUUAAAAGCUGAGCAAGAUUUACUCGGUAAUAAGGACGCCUACAGCAAACUCAGCUGGAGGGAGCAGCAGGCCUUACAGGUUCGUUAUGGGCAGAAGAUGAUCUUACACCAGCUGUUGGAACUGACGGGUUAAAGCUAAGCGGAUUCCCUGCUGCCUGAAGGAACAUCCCAUGAGAAAGACUUUUCUAAGCUGAUAUUCAUUGAUGCUUGAAAAGGAGGAAAAUUUGGAUCUUUCCUUUUGGUGGUUAAUAAGAAAAGCCAAAGGAGCAAAGGUGUGCUAGGAUGAACUCUGAGGUAAGGGGACAUGUUUAAGGGUUGGGAACAGCAGACUUGGGAAUCUCUGCUAAUUGUCACCAAUCCCCCCCCCCUUUUUUUUUUAACUUUUUAAGACCAAGACGCUUUAUAGCUGUUUUGUUCUCAGUUUGGACCAAAGUUAGCAGAAAUUUGAUUGUGAUAAUAAAAGGUCUUGUAGUCUAGUGUAGUGUUUAAUAACAUGAACUUUGAAAGUAGACCUGGUUAAAAUUGAGUCUAUUUGGAACAGAAAAGACAUCCUCAAGUGGAUUCCCACCCCCCAAAGUUUAGGCCUGGUAACACUGUGUGUAGCUUUGACAAUUACUGCUGCCUUAACUUUUUAAUAAGGAUUUAAUAAGCUAUGUCACUGGCACUCAGCAUGUUUUAACUCCUCAGCAGUCUGAAGUUUGCUCUAGAUGGGACAACUCACCCUCAGGGAAGAAACCCUGAGACACCAAUGACAUUCAAGCCCGCAUCAUGUAAGAUUUUCUAGUUAAUUUUGGACCUUUUUGUCCUCUCUGGCCAUAAACUUGACAGCCAUUAAAAGUGUAAGUUUCACAUAUACACCUACUCCUUUCUUUUAAAAUUAAAGGGCAUUUUGUAAUUGUUUAACCAUAGAAACCUGCUCUAACAAUAAAAAAAAGACUUUUUUUGCUUGUUUGAACAGGCCAAACAGGCUCAAAACUAGUGGGAAAGAUCUACCGUUUAGCAAAAAGUUGGUUCCCAAAGUCCCCAGGCUUUCCAAGGGUGGACUGUCAGCACUGGCUGCUGCUCCUGAGGAAAGGCACAGUGGACUGGCAUGUGUGUCAUGACUUUAAUGUUGCACUGACUACAGUCUGCACACACAAGAAGUAGGGGAGCUAACGGCCAAGAACUGGAAAGGCUACAGAGUAUAACACUGGACCAAUACACUUACAAAACACUCAAAAUCCUUACAAAAGAGGUUGUGUUGGUCCUUUUGACUUUUUGUUGUUACUCAUCUUAGCCUGGGAUAAAGGGGGAGGGCAGUUGAUACUAUUUGGUUCCCUUUCCUCAAUUUACAAACAUCAGGAUAGAUUUGGAGGGGCGGGUGUGGUGGUGGUGGCGGUACAUGCUUUAGACCUGGUGUGUUUCCCUUUGUAAAAAGAGCAUGUUCUCUAGCAGUCAACUUUAGAUCUGGGGCAGGGACAAAGCAAAUUGUAUGCUAAAUUCUAUCAUACUCACCAACUUUUGUGAUUUUCAAGGUCCACAUUAAAAAAAUGUUAUGUAAUAUUUAAA